UUGUUAUCAUUUUUUCUUCACCUCAUUAUCAAAUGUCUUCUAAUAUAUCCGUUACCUAACUCUGUAGCUUCUUAUCCCAAUUCCCCACCGUGCUAAUUUCUUGUAUAAAACCAUGCAAAAUUGAGCCCAUUUUGGAUAUGCACCUGCAACAACUUCCAACAUAUUCAUCCAUGGAGGCUAACACAAUUACAUGGCUCUCUCUCUCGCUUCUCUUCACUCUUAGUCUUAUUUACAAACUCAGAAAACAAAGCCCCAGAAGGUGUCCACCCAGCCCACCAUCGCUUCCUCUCAUCGGCCACCUUCAUCUCCUCAAACAACCUUUCCACAGAGUGCUGCAGGAUCUCUCCGACAAACACGGUCCAAUUUUAUCCCUUUCAAUCGGUUCCCGUCCCAUGGUGGUUAUUUCCUCCCCAACCGCUGUCCGCGAGUGCUUUACCAAAAACGACAUCGCCUUCGCCAACCGCCCUCGCUUGCUUUCUGGGAAGUACAUGAACUACAACUACACCGGUGUGGCUGUUGCCUCCUACGGCCACCAUUGGCGCAACAUGCGCCGCGUAGCCACCAAAGAGCUACUCUCCAACCAACGCCUCGACACGUAUCUCAAUAUUCGAGUGCAAGAGCUCAAAUUAUGUGUCAAGAAUUUGUACGGCGAGACAGGGGAAAGUAGUGAUUUUGUUCGCUUGGAGAUGCAGUCCAAAUUGAACGAGCUUUCUUUUAAUACUGUUAUGAGGAUGGUGAGUGGGAAACGUUACUUUGGUGUAGAUGUUGAGGAUGUUGAGGAAGCGAGGGAGUUUAAGGAGAUCAUGAAGGAGCUUCUUCACUUAAGUGGGGCGUCGAAUCCAGCUGAUUUUUUGCCCAUUUUGAGACUCUUUGAUUAUCAAGGACUUGAGAAGAGGAUGGUGAAAGCCAGUGGUCGAGCUGAUUUAUUCCUACAAAAGCUGAUUGAUUGCGAGCGGGAAAGGCGAGCUUCUCGUUGGCCGGAUGAAAAACAUGGAAACAAGACCAUGAUUCAGAGCUUGCUAUCCUUCCAAGAAUCUCAACCUCAAUAUUACUCCGAUGAUAUCAUUAAUGACGAUGUUGAUUGCGGGUACUGAUACAACUACAGGAACAAUAGAAUGGGCGAUGUCGCUACUUCUGAAUCAUCCCACGAUAAUGAAUAAAGCUUGGAGCGAGAUAAGAGAGUGCGUUGGG